AGCAAGUCGAAAAAUGUGAGCAGCCUGAGAGUAGAAGGGAGACAGCAGGAACAGCUGGAAACAUGCAGAACAGCCAGGCGCAGCGCAUGAAGAGAGUAAUGAUGAAGAUGAAGGUACACAACACCUUAGUCAGACAGUGUCUGGGAGAGAUCAUUGGCACCUUUGUUCUUCUGCUGUUCGGCUGUUCCGCGGGAGCUCAGGUGAAGACCGGCAAUCAGAUGAAGGGACAGUUUCUGUCAGCCAACAUGAGCUUUGCUGUGGGGGUCAUGUGUGCCAUGUACCUCAGCAUGGGGGUUUCAGGUGCUCAUCUGAACCCUGCAGUGUCUCUAAGCUUCUGUGUAUUAGGGGAUCUUCCCUGGCGCUGCCUUCUUCCAUACUCUCUGUCUCAGUUGCUAGGGGCCUACCUCGCCUCUGCAGUAGUCUACACCAUGUACUACGAUGCUAUAAUGGAAUACAGUGGUGGGGUUUUGACUGCUUAUGGUCCUAAUGAAACUGCAUCCAUCUUUGCCACAUUCCCAACACCGGGGACGUCCCUACAGACCAACAUCUUCGACCAGGUGGUCGGCACUGCUACGCUUUUGUUGUGCAUCCUGCCCCUAAGUGAUAAAAGGAACAGACCCGCUCCUGAUGCCUUGCUCCCACCAAUCGUAGCAGCUGUUGUUUUGGGAAUAGCAAUGUCUAUGUCCUCUAACUGUGGUGGAGCCAUAAAUCCAGCAAGGGAUCUCGGACCUCGGCUUUUCACUCUCACAGCAGGCUGGGGCAUUGAAGUCUUUACGUGCUAUGAUUACUUCUUCUGGGUGCCGCUCGUGGCUCCUCUGGUUGGGGCUUUGCUGGGCUGCUUUUUAUACCAAGUCUUCAUACAAUGGCACCUCCCUGAGCCUGAACCAGAAUCAGUCAAAAGUCAAUCUCAGGAUGCUGAUAUUAUCUUAAAAGGCAUAGCCCUGUAAUGAUAAAAAAUGAUAAUGAUUCCAGAUUCUGUUAUCUUUCAUCAUUAUGAAACAGAUGUUUAUGGAGUAGAUGCCAAUUGCAGGCCAUCUCACAUGCACAAACAUACACACGCACAUUUAUUCACAACUCUGGCCGAUAUUAACUUCAAGUUCUUUUGAUAUAGAAAGUAAUUAAUAAAACUGCCACCAGAUUUGUUAAUGAUAUGAAACAGGAAAUGUAAUGUGUAGAACUAUUUCUCUAUAAUGCAUCAUAAUGAAUCAGAUGCUAUUUUAUAUAGAACACCUGCAUGUUCUACACUGAACUGGAAGCAAGUGAAGUUACUGAAGUUCCACAGUUUUACUGAAGCCUUCUUUGUCCCUCUUUAGUCUCAAUUUAGCUUUUCUACAAUACCUGUGUUAUACCUUUACUUUAUUUUUAUUUAUCUUUGUAAAGAAUAUUUUAAUAUGCCUUACUAACAUAGUAAAUUCUGAGGUAAUAUAUGCAGCACUUUACAGAAAUUUUUCUUUAACGUAUGUUUCAUUAAAGAGAUUUAUUAAAACACUAUACA